UCGCUGUCCAGUCGCCUAUCGUCGGAACAACCGCCAAUUGCAUUAUCCCCUCGUGCCAAGAUGACCGUCAUCGAGUCUGUUAAAAGUGCCGUUGGGCUUGCGGAUAGCACCGCUGCCUCCCGCCAGGAAAUGUCGGAUGCCCGUCUUCCCCUUCAGUACCGCGACUCCUGCGCACACCUUUUGAUCCCAUUGAACCGCUGCCGACAGCAAGAGUACUACCUUCCCUGGAAGUGCGAGGACGAGAGACACAGCUACGAGAAGUGCCAGUACGAGGAAUUCAAGAAGCGCGUUGCCAAGAUGGAAGAGCUCCGUGCUGCGAAGGGUGGUGCCCGGAGCAACUGAUACCACACACAUCGGCACAAUAUUCGAGACGGGCAAAGGAGCGGGUUAUGUACAUAGAGAUUCUGAGAUUGUUUGUCCAUGCACCGACAUUGGCGUUGGGAUUCAUUCGAGACUAAGCUUGCCGACACCACAUCUGUGAGAACCAGGACCAUCAAUCGGCCAAGCAAUGGCUUCAACUGUAACUGGUGAUUGCCUGACCUCUUUGAUUGCGCUUGUUAUGAUGAGCACGGGCUGUCGGAAUUGUCAAUCACCCUGCCUUGGAUAAGCCAUUCAAACCGGUUCAGGUUGGAGGGAACCCGGCCCCGCCAACUCCACCAUUGCGACACAAUUAG